AUGUUUAACAAGAAGCCCAGGAGAAAUUUUCGACAGAGAAAAGGUGACUCUAGCGAAGAGGAGGAUACGCCGGUGAUCAAUGCCAAUGGAACCCCGUCAGAGAAGCCCGGGGUGGUGGCAAAUAAGCUAUCCAGAGUAGGUCACUCCCGUGGAAUAUCGUGCAGUUCAAAGCGGGAAACGACUACAUCGAAGGUGGAUGUUGGUGACGGGGGCGAUGAAGAGAUACCCGAACUGACGACAGACAACGAAGAAACGAAAGACAACGAUGGCAUCAAGAAGAAAACCAGCAACAUUCUUAGUUUCUCGGACGACAAAGAAUCUCUGGAACCCGAGUUUAAACUCAAGAAGUCUGCUGAUAAAACAGUUUUGUUCCAAGUACGGAAAAGGGAAGGGUCAUCUGACAAGAACAGCAACAACACUGAACCAGAAAGUGCACUGGCAUCUGACUCUCCAAAGCAGGAUAACGACAACCCAUCAUCACCAAAUAGUUCUCAACAAAGUGAUGACAAUGAUGAGGAGGUGGUAAAUGAUGAAACCGAUGAUGAUGAAGGAGCUAGCAGUUCCUCUUCUGUUAGUUCAAAAUGCAGCUACUCUGCUGUUAAACAAAUCAUUAUUCCUAAUGCCAGAGCGAUCGAAGCAGCCAAGAGGCAGCGCCGCAACACUCGAGCCCAGAAAGAGUUCAUCCCCUUGGACAAAGAUGGCCAAAACUCCUCAAGUAGCACCCCAGAACGCUACCACAAGGAAGAAAUGGAUGACAAUGUUGAAGACAGGGAUGACGAAGAAGAUGACGAUGAAGACGAUCACGAAAAAAGAAUUGAGUUUGCCCCCAGAUUGAAAAGCGUCAAGGAGAGGAUUGCGGAGAAACUUGGAGGAAGUGUUGGUAGUUGGUCAGGGAGUGACGAGGAGGAGCAGGAGCUUUGGGAGGAGACGCAAAUUGGGAAAGGAGUCAAGAGACCACCUGGUGUACAGAGCCCAUCUGGCAGUGAGUCCAGCAGAUGUAGCUUCCAGGAUGAUGAACGUCAAAGACAAAAGAAGAAAUCAACAGGACACAAGAUCCCCAAAACACUCCCCUCUGUUACUGUUUCAAUGGUGAAGAGGAGAAUUGCCGGAAAACUGGACUCACUAAAAGAAGUGCACAGUGCGAGGAGGGCCCAGUUGAGUCGGAUGGAGGGAGAUGCCGAAAGUGCUAAAACAUCAGUGGAAUCUCUGGAGGAAAGCUCGUCAGAGAAACAGCUCAAGUUUUACAGAGAUAUGACACUCUUUGCCCACAACCUGGUGGAGUGUCUGCGAGAGAAGAUUGUCGAAAUCAAUUCAUUGGAGGUGGAGCUGCACACUUUAUUUUCCAGCCAUAUGGAGGUGCUGUGUGCGCAGAGAAGAAAGAAGAUCCAGGAGCAUGCCCAGCACCUGCAGCAGCUAAACUCCAUAGACAACUCUACCAAUGGUGCAGACUCUCAGAGUGUGGCAGGAAACAUCGAUAAAGCAACGGCAGAGUGUGAUAUACCCGAAGACACAACGCAUUCCAGUGAGGAUGAGGAACAUCUCAAGAAUGAGACUGCUGCCAUCCUAUUGAAGUCCAAAGAGGUCUUCUCUGACGUUCACGAUGACUUUCACGAUGUUAAAAAGAUUUUGUCCCACUUCGAGGAAUGGAGAAGCUUCUAUACAGAUUCUUACCACACGGCCUACAUCUCUCUUUGUCUUCCCAAAUUGCUAAGCCCCAUCAUACGGCAUCAGCUGCUUGCGUGGAACCCUCUAAAGGACGCCAGCACGGACUUUGAAAAGCUCCCGUGGUUUCCUGCAGUUGAGACAUUUUGUCACGGCCACGGUCACGAGGAGUUGGAGCACCUAGAUAGAGAGAUGCUUUCAAAUGUCAUCGAAAGGACAGUCGUACCCAAAACAACAGCAUUUGUGGAGCUAGUUUGGGACCCCAUGUCUCUCCGUCAGUCAGCCUGUUUAACUGAGCUUUGUCAGCGGUUGAGGGAGGACUAUUCAAUCUUUGAAAGAGAGCAGAGUAAGCCCGUUAUGGCACUUAUCAAGGCUGUGAUCGACAGACUGAGAAGCUGUGUAGAUGAAGAUGUCUUCAUCCCACUUUACCCAAAAAAGGUCUUGGAAGACAGUUUGUCUCCUCAGAGUCGGUUUAGGAAUCAACAGUUCUGGAUGGCCAUUAAGUUGCUUGGAAACAUGGGGAAAUGGGAUCUGCUGCUGCCUGAAUCUACGCUGAAAGAAUUGAUGUUGGACAAGUUGCUCUGCCGGUAUUUGAUGGUCACGAUGUGCAGCCAGAUGCUGUCCGACAAUGAACUUCUUGCAUGCAAAAGGAUUGCUGAUAGUUUGCCAACCAGUUGGUUCGGAGGAGAGAAUGGAUGUUUGCCUCAGCUCCAGUCUUUCAAAAACCAUCUCGUACAGAAGGCUCAUAACAUUUGUAAACAGCAUCCUCCCGAAGCUCCAGACACAAGGCUUGCCGUGGUUGAAGUGCUACAAAUUCUGAGUAGAAUCCGAUGCCAUGACGCCAUCAUGAGCAUAGCUGAAAAAUACCAUUAUCAGGAUGUCAUCUACUCUCAUCAGCUUCUCAAUCAAGCGACCGAAGUUUUCCUCAUGGCACGCUACAGUACCUCCUCAACCAAUGAGAUGAACGGGAUUGUCAUUGUUCUGUCAGCUCAUUGGGUAGAUAGCAGGAGAGGCAUGGGAAUGAGUCUCCUACAUAUUCUUGAAAAGCACCGUGCCAGUAUUCAUUCGCUCUACAAAUAA